AUGACUCUUUAUCAAUUUUGCGGAAAAUGCGCCUAUCCCAAACAACAGCCGUCUAUCCUACUUAUCGAUCCUAAGCUGUCGCGCCGCGCUAGCGACCUUCUUGGUCCACGAGCGCUUAAAGGUGAUCGAGAAAUGGAAUGGUUAAAAGGUACCAAUUUGGAUGGUGGAACAAAGGACAGGAAAGAGAUGUUAGAAAGAGAAUACGAACAAGUUCUUGGCGUUGUGGAAGAUGAGGAGUUCAGGCAUGAAUUAACAUGGGAAUUAUAUUUGUGGGCGUGCAAUGUGAUUUCGUCGCGGUGUUUUCCCAACAAAUUGAUUGAGCCUGAUGAGGUAGAAUUAAACGAGGCGUUGUUUCCGUUAGCCGAUUCGCUUAAUCAUCGACCAAGGCAGAGGAUCACGUGGAAAGUACAGGGUAGAAGUGCAUUGCACCUAAUUACAGAAGAUGGAAUCGAAGCGGGGGAACAGGUAUUCAAUAAUUAUGGUACUAAGUCUAAUGAAGAAUUAUUGAUAGGAUAUGGUUUUUGCAUUCCCGACAAUCCUGACGAUUGGGUUGCGAUCAAAGUAAAUUUUACUCAGGACCCACUCAGGGAUCAGAAACUCGCAGUUCUCUCACAACUUGGCAUCUCGGAGCUUACGCAUUUCAUAAAGAAAAACAUUAUUCCACCGGAUCUGUUUGCACAGUUGGGGGUCCUUGCGAUGAACGCCAACGAGAUUAAAAUUUUUCAGCAGAUGUCGGAGAAGGCAUCGAUCAAAGAGAAGAUUUUUGGAUAUAGAUGCGAGAUUGCAAUGUUGGAACUGUUUUCUUUGUUUUUGCGAAAAAAGUUCGAGUUGAUUAAAGAUCGAGAUGAUGAAUUUUGGAAUGAUGAGGGGGAAGGUCUAUCCACGGAAGGGUUAAGCAAGUUGGGGAACGCCAAGAUUUAUAUUGAUGGUCAGAGGGAAAUUUUGGAAACGGCGCUGAGGACAAUAGCUUCUAGGGAAAUCUGGGUUUUGGAAAAUGCGUCUCGAGAUUUUCGGGAUGGCAGGAUUAAUUUGGUUUUUAUUUUGGGUGAUAAUGUUGCAAACGUUGUUGUGCGUGAACCUUUGAAUGCUCAUAUAAAUAGAGAUUCCAACUUGGACGCAACAAAGAUGGAAUUGUUGGAUUCGAUCAUGAUUACAUUCAAAAUCGUUAUGUUAGACGACGAAUUCUCGGAAGCAAUGAGAGAAGUAUUCGACGGAGAAUCAUUGAUGGAGGAAGAGGAUGUCGUUUUAAUGCUAUACCUGAUAUGCGAAAGUAAAAGAGUUGAAAGAAGUCAGAAGUCCAGGUGGAAACUUUUUAUUGAAACCAUCCGAGAAUACGAGGACACUUCUAUAUCUCAAGAAAAGAUUGAGGAAAUAGUUGAACUUUACAAUGACUUGAAUUCAUCAAUAUUGUCAAGUUCAAAAUGCUCAAAAAUGUUUACCAAAGACGUGUUCAAUGUGAACAGGUUAAUUUGGGCUACAAGUAUUUUUGAGAAUUGCUGUGUCAAUUAUUAUGACCGAGAAGGAAGAGCGUGUGUUGGAAUUUUACCUUUGUAA